CAUUUUUUCUUCCUCCCGCCUAUAGAUGUAGUUCCUCCGGGCAAGUGCGCACCGUCUCUCCUCCCGCUCCCCCCAGGGUCCGCGGCCACCAUGGCGCAUUAGAGGCAGCAGUGCCUGCGGCAGCAUCGGCCUUUGCAGCGGCGGCAGCAGCACCAGGCUCUGCAGCGGCAACCCCCCAGCGGCUUAAGCCAUGGCGCUUUUCACGGCAUUCAGCAGCAGCCUUGCUGUAAUCGACAAAGACACCUUCGAAUUAAGCACAUUCCUCGAAUUAAGCAUCAAAAGCUCGCAACAUGGCCGAGAUGAGUUUCCUGAGCAGCGAGGUGUUCGUGAGGGACUUCGUGUCCCCCUUCGACCCGUCGGGUUUGGGGGCUGAAGAGAGCUUAGGUCUCCUAGAUGACUACCUGGAGGUGGCCAAGCACUUCAAACCUCAUGGGUUCUCCUGCGACAAGGCUAAGGCAGGCUCCUCCGAAUGGCUGGCUGUGGAUGGGUUGGUCAGUUUCUCAGACAACAGCAAGGAGGAUGCUUUCUCCGGGACAGAUUGGAUGGUGGAGAAAAUGGAUUUGAAGGAGUUUGAUUUUAAUGAUACCCUGUUGAGUAUGGAUGACCUGGAAACCAUGCCAGAUGAGCUCUUGGCCACGUUGGAUGACACGUGUGAUCUCUUUGAUCCCCUACUCCAGGAGACUAACAAGGAGCCCCCCCAGAUAGUGAACCCAAUUGGCCAUCUUCCAGAAAGUUUACCAACAAUUGACCAGGGUGCCCCCUUUACUUUCUUGCAACCUCUUCCCCCUUCCCCAGGGGCCCUUUCUUCCACUCCAGAUCAUUCCUUUAGUUUAGAGCUGUGCAGUGAAGUGGUUAUCUCUGAAGGAGAUAGCAAGCCAGACUCCACCACUGGCAUUACUGUGAUCCCUCAGUGCAUAAAGGAGGAGGAUGCCCCCUCAGAUAAUGAUAGCGGCAUCUGUAUGAGCCCUGACUCCUCGCUGGGCUCUCCCCAGCAUAGCCCCUCCACCUCCAGGGGCUCUCCAAAUAAGAGCCUGCCAUCUCCAGGUGCCCUCGGUGGCUCUUCCCGCCCCAAACCCUACGACCCUCCUGGAGAGAAGAUGGUAGCAGCAAAAGUAAAGGGUGAGAAGCUAGACAAGAAGCUGAAGAAAAUGGAGCAGAACAAGACAGCAGCCACUAGGUACCGCCAGAAGAAGAGGGCAGAACAGGAGGCGCUCACUGGUGAAUGUAAAGAACUAGAAAAGAAGAAUGAGGCUCUGAAAGAGAAGGCAGAUUCCUUGGCCAAGGAGAUCCAGUAUCUUAAAGAUCUAAUAGAAGAGGUUCGCAAGGCAAGGGAGAAGAAAAGGGUCCCCUAGUUAGGGUAGUCAGGAGUAUGUGCGCUUGUAUAUAGGAGGCUGAAGCUGUGUUUUAAUAAAUUAUUUUGUAGUGAAAGUA